AUGGGGAAGGCAGGGCGCGUCGCGUGCAUCAUCACGCCCAUGGCGUUGACAGUCGCAUCGCUCAUCUGUCUGCUCAUCGUUAUGAUCGGGCAGCUGGGCAACAACAACAAGGCCCCCUCGACAUCACUGGGGCGAGAUCUGUAUUUCUUCAAGGCGGACACAAGCAACUUCACAGCGGAUCCGCAAACCAUCCUAAACAAAGUCGACGACGCCGGCGACAAGCUUAAUGUCAACAACGACCUCCUCAACGCCCUCACCGGCGCCGCCUCCUCCAAGGAUCUCAAGGACUUCUACCAGGUCGGUCUGUGGUCGUACUGCGAAGGCGAGAAGAAAGAUGGCGUCGAGAAGAUUACAUUCUGCUCCUCCUCCAAGACGCAGUUUUGGUUCGAUCCCAUCGAGGUUUGGGGGCUGAAAAACACUUCUGUCCAGAAUGUGCUUGGCGAAGACCUCCAGAAAGGGCUCAACACGUACAAGAAGGUGGCCGGGUGGAUGAACUGGGCGUUUAUCAUUGCGACGAUUCUGACCGCUGCCGAAUUCGUGGUUGGCUUCUUCGCCAUCUUCUCGAGGUGGGGAAGUUUUGUUACCACGAUUCUCUCUACUGCCUCGUCUAUCUUCGCCAUCGCAGCCGCCGCCACCGCCACCGCUGUCUACGGCGUGCUCGCAGGCGUCUUCCGCACCGCACUCGAGCCGUACAACAUCGACGCCUCCAUGGGCAACAAGAUGCUGCAAGUCAUGUGGCUCGGUGUCGCCUUCAGCAUCGCAUCGGGUCUGUUUUGGCUGCUUAGCGUGUGCUGCUGCUCCGGCAAGAGCGGGCACAAGAAGAUGGUGGUCGAGAAGACACCGUACACGUACGAGCGUGUCAGCAGCCCGGCGUUUGGCCAGCAGGGCCACCAGCUGCAGACUGCGCCAGCUUUCAAACCAAGUGGGCACGGGCAACCUGGGACCGCUUACGAGCCCUACCGUGGUCAGGUCUAA